AUUGAUUUAAAAAUUGGAAAUACAAUGUCAGAUAGUAAUUCAGAAGUAGGAGGUAUUAAAUUAAAAACUAUAACCCACUUAUUAAAAACUGAGGUUUUAAAUAAAUAGUAAAAAAAGUAUUGAGUCACAUUUAAGAGGUAAUAAUUUUAAGAUACUAAAUAAAAAUCUGACUGCAUGUCAAAAUUUAGAUUUAGAUUGAAAUACUCAUUAAAAUUUGGAGAUAUUAGAUCAAAAUUAUGUGAUAAAAAGUAUGUUUUUUAGACUCUGAAUGUCAUUUUUACUCAGAAAAAAACAUUUAUUCGUUUAUUUAUUGGACAAAAGGCCCACAUCUAUCAAUUAAGUAACACCGGAUGUUGUCAAUUUACCUUCAAAAUAAAAGUGGACACUUGCUUGAAGUUGACCAAAAAGAUUUUUUUUUUUUUUUUUUAACUUACUUCUGUAUAAAGUGAAUUAUUGUCAUAAGUCUAUUGUUCAUUAUCAGUCUAAUACAAUGAAAAAAUAGAUAAGUGAACGACUAACAUCACCAAAUAAAUCACCUUUUUGCAGUAUAUAUCGCUUUUAACCGUUUUUACGAAAGUAUAGCACCGUAUUUAGUUUUUAAAAAUGCACUUUCGCAAACAAAAUAACGCUUUUUGACGCCAACGGAUUUUUUUUUAAGUGAAUUGUUUUUGUUGAAUGCGUCGCAACGGUUUUUAACGGUCGUUGUUAGGUGGCUCAGUGGAGGCACGCGGGUUGAAAUUAAAGCGUAUAACUGGUAUAGCAGGUGGACAGAAAUAGUAAAGUGUCGUUUUAUAACUAAAAUGUGCUCCGGUACACCCACCAGCAGCUCCGUCUCUCGUCAGCUGCUGGAGGAUGUUGCCUCGGAGGCAGAUAUGAUGUAAUCAAACGCUUCAGUCCCGUCCAGAGAGAGAGAGAGAGAGGGGGGCAGGAAGAGAGCCGGAGCCCGGGCCGGAGAAUCACACGGAUGUGUCUCGGUACUUUCUGAUAAACGUGUUCAAAACCACCAUCGAGCAGGUUGGGUGAACGGUUCCGUGUCGCCGCUGGAGGAGUCAUGUCGCGGAGGUUUGUGCCGACCAGCCUCCCUUCCUCCUCCUCCUCCUCCUCCUCCUCCCGACGACGAAGAGGAUGCUGGAUGCGGGCCAGCAGUAGCAGCAGCACCGGCCGGGGAUGCUGCUGCUGGUGAACCGGAUUCCCCCACCACCACCACCACCACGUCUCCCAGCUGUAAUUAACCGCCAUGUCUCAGGAGUCCUCUCCCACAGCUGCUCCAACAUCCUCCGCGUGAAAAUGGCCUCGACGUCGGUCCGCCCUAGCUGUCCCCUUUUCGCCCACGAUGACAGGAGGGCGACCGCUUCAGAUUUCAACACUUGCAGGCCCUUUACGCCGGUCGGGGAUCACGUUAUCACGUCUGAUCUGAUUUAUUGAGCCGCUUUUAUUUCGCGAAAACACCUCCUGCCUGCAUCCGUUUCCCCUCACAGCUGAUAUUCUUGGAGGCACCGGGACAUGGGCCGCGUCCACUGCUGCUGCACCCCGCUUUGCCCUGCAGGGAUCUGAGCUUCAUGCUUUUCCUGACCUUACUCGCGGUAAUGGCUCUGUGACAUCUCGCUAUAAGCUUCAAGUUGUCCGGUUUGCUUUUUAUUUUGGACGUCCCUCUCCCUGGUUUCUCCGCGCAGAGCUGUGUGUCCCAUGCAGUAGUUGUUGCCCUGCGGGGGAAUGAGCAGCCUCCAUCCCUCCAGCAGAAGCCUGCCCGCCGCUCCGGCUGCUGUCCAGCGUGUGGCCCUGUGACUUCAGCGGGGUGUGGAGGUGCUGACGACCUUAAAACACGGUGGAGGGUGGGGACGUUUGCCUUUCCAGCUCAGGUUUAAACCAUGGCCAAUGAACCUGUCAUCCUUAACGUGUAUGAUAUGUACUGGAUAAACGAAUACACUUCCAAUCUGGGUAUUGGAGUCUUCCACUCAGGCAUAGAGAUAUAUGGCAGAGAAUUUGCAUACGGCGGUCACCCGUACCCUUUCAGUGGCAUCUUUGAAAUCAACCCCGGCAAUGCUGCUGAACUGGGAGAGACAUUCAAAUUCAAGGAGGCCAUUGUGUUGGGCACCACAGACUUCACAGAGGAGGACAUAGAUAAAAUCAUGGAGGAGCUUGGUAAAGAGUUUAAAGGGAACGCUUACCAUCUAAUGCACAAAAACUGCAACCACUUCUCCUCCUCACUGUCUGAGCUGCUGUGUGGACGGGAAAUCCCUCGCUGGGUGAACAGACUGGCGUAUUUCAGCUCCUGCAUCCCCUUCCUGCAGAGCUGCCUACCCAAGGAGUGGCUAACGCCAGCCGCUCUGCAGAGCCACAUCAGCCUCGGCCUCCACAAAGAGGAGCAGAACGAGUCCAGCGACGAGGACCCUUCGUCCCCGUCCGGCGCCACCGCCGCCGGCUCGGGCUCCUCCCACAGCUGUCGCCACACAAGGGUGUAAACUGUGCCCCCCUAUCCCCACCUCCCACCCCCCCUCACACACACACUCUGACCUCUGGACCUUCCUGCCACCGCUGCUAGUGGCUCAAGUGGCAUUAGUAGGCUUGAACAACCACCUGACCUCAUACUGUUUGUCCUCUGAGUAAAGAGGCAGGAAAAGAAGAGUCUCCUCUUCGUGAGCUGCAGUCAGAGACUCCAGACCUACAGCACAGAGACCCUGCCUGUCCUUUCCACAGAUGACAGGAUGACUGAGGCAAACUUUGACCUGAGCCCUGAGCUCUGAAGCGUGGCUCAGACUUCGAUAACAACCACUUGUAGAUCUGAAGUUUGUAGUAUGUUAUUAUUAGUCUUUUCCAUGAACUUUUAAACCUCUGUCAGCCUUGUUCCCUGCCCUGCCUUCAGAGCUGCUUUUGUAGAAUAAUAACUAGAUAGACACCUGAGACUACUGAUAGUGACGUUACCAGGAAACUGCUAAUCUGCUCAACAAGUUCUCGUUCAAUAACCUCUAUGUGGCCUUCAGUUGAUAUUGUUGACUCUGCUUUCUUUGUGUGGAGCUUUAGUAAUUUACUUUGGCCAUUUUAGAAGGUUAGCAGGUUAAAGAGGAUUUGACUUGAGUUCAAAUGUUGCAUGUUGAGAGAAUUUGAUAAAACAUCUAAACUGAACUGAGAAGCCACAUUUCUGAUCUUAUCAUCAAGUAUUUCUUCUCCUUUUUUCAUUUUGUAAAAGAAAAGAUCCAAACUGGGACUCCUUUUAAAAAGUAAGCUGACAGUUAGCUGCCAGUGUAACCAGUUCACCCGCAGUUGUAAACAAUCAAGGGCAAAUACUGUUCAGUUUGAAUAGUCGCUGUUCAUACAGCCUCGGGCAGCCCAGUCACUAUCUGUGAACAUCUCAGAGACACAAACACAAAGAAAGUCAAGCUGCUACACUGACUAUAACUGACUUUGUGACCCAGUACAAUUUUUGUCUAUGCUUUUAUAUCCAAAUGGUGUUUAUAUUACAAUGGUGCGAUAACUUCCAGGCUAGGAAAUGAACAUUUACACCCAGAGAUUAUUCCUGGGUGAAACUGGUUGAUUCUUUUUCUCUUUUUUUUCACCAUUAAACUGGUAAAGAUGGAGCUGCAAUGAGAAAGAAAAUCAGUAUUCCACUUUAAAUUAUAGUAAUCCUAAAGGGAAUAGUUUUGGGAAGUAUGUUUAUUUGCUUUCUUACAGAGAGUUAGAUGAGAAGAUUGAUGCCACUUUUGUCUGUACAGUAAAUAUGAAGCUACAGCCAGCAGCCGGUUAUCUUAGCUUAGCUUAGCAUAAAGACUGGAAACGGGGGGAAACAGCUAGCCUAGCCUGUGUCCAGAGGUAACAAAAUCAACCUACCAGCACCUGUAAAGAUCAAGAAAGAUCAAUCUUCUCCUCUAACUAGCAAGAAUUGGAAUAAGAGUAUUUUCCAAAAUGCCAGAGUGUUUCUUUAAGACCAUAUUUUUAUGUUUGAUUUAUCUAAACUGUGAACUGAACUGUGGCAUGUUUACAGAGACGAAGCUGUUUAAGGACAGAGAGCAAACCUUUCUGUGACUCAUAAUGUCAGAGGUUGUGUUUGUUGCAGUGAAAGGAUCAGAUCAUCCUUAAGGGAAAAUAUGAUGUCAUGAAGUUAUUUGUAAUCAUUGUGGAUUUAGCUCACACGCUGGUAAACAACCCCAUUAACUGCUAUUGAAGAUGGUGGUGAUGAUAAUGAUGACGACUAACAUCAGCUCCUUGUAGUUUUACUCAUUUCAACUCAUGUCGCUUGCUUUUCUCAGUGUAAAAGUUCAGUAAACAAGGCCACAUGCGAUUUGAAUCGUGUCCCAUCCCUCCUGCCGUAGUGUGCUCAUGGACAGCUAACCCUUUCUCAGGAAGGAAAAUCACAUGACUUGUGAACGUGACAGUCAUCUCAUUCCUGGUGAAUACCUUGAUGAAUGGGGCUGAAAGUGCAAAUUAAACAUUUGACUUCUUCUUCUUCAUGUCCUUAAAUAAGCUAUAUCCUUAUUUAUUUUUAAGGUAGUCUUACAUUUCACCAAGUGUAUUGUGUUCAGAUUCUUUGAGUAUAUUUUGAGUUGACGGGGGCUGUACAGUGAUCAGUAUUCCAUGCUCAAAAGUCUUUGGCACUUUCUACAGAGCAGAUCAGACAGGUAUUUUUUUCUAUUGUACUGUGUCAACCUUAACCUUGUAUUUCCUUUUCCUAACCCAAGACAAUUUCAAGAAUGAUGAUAUAGUACUAGAAUAAAGAGAUGGAUAACGAA